UUUAUGCAUGUGCGUGCAUUAAACAUAUUUUUCUGCACAGAAUAGUAAUUAUUGUAGGGACCUGUCGACCCAACAUUAGUGAUAAAUAUUGUCGCGAAGAAAGAAAUAAAACGACAAUACUCGGAAGCUGAUUGAUAAUUUUAAGUUAGAAGCUCUUAAUUUGCGAAAUGUCAAUUCAGUUAGGCAAAUUGUGUUCAUGUAUCAUACAACAGCAUUUCGGUGAAGUCGUACGAAUGGUCGCCGAUGAUCUCUUCGCGGCGGUAUCUAAGACGUUACCAAUGAUAGUGAAAAGUACUGAGCUGUCCAAGUCGGAGGUCUGCAAAGCUCUUGCGGUUUUGAUAAAGUUCAGUCUGGCAAGAUAUCAACCUAAUAAAUCCAGUACUGCUUAUGAGUACAUUUUGGACUAUGAACGAAUUCUUAUGGUGCUGCGGUAUCCACGUUACGUGCAUUUAAUACAAACUAAGUAUGGCCACGAGUCCGCAAUAUUAACAGAGGAGUUACUUCGCUCAGGGUAUCAAACUGCAUCCUAUAUCAUUCUAAAGGCGACAUCGAUUUCCGACGUAAAAGACAAAAACACUAUUACCACAUUACGGCAGAAGUUCAGUGAUCUGGUCGGUAUGAACUAUUUCAUUAGGACGCCAGAACCGAAACUAAUCGAGACAAACAAGGAACUUUUCAUGUUAGAACAUGAGGACUCUAAGCUCUUCCAGAUGCCUGAGUUGGAUCUUCGCAUGUUACUCGAUCUACAGGAAGGGAAGACUUCCAAAGCUCCCGACGAAGGUAUCCAUUGGAUGGUAAAUUUAGAAAAGUUUCACUUAGAUUUUCGAGAUGCGAUUAUGUUGAAUGCCGUGGAACGGCUCAUUGAUGCCAAUGCAGCAGAGUGCUUGAAGUACUUGUUGCAGUUGAUGUAUACUCGAACCAAACCGUGGGAAAUGGUUUCGAAUCCUAUACCAUUAGUUGAGUUGAAGCAGCUUUGUGAGAAAAAAUCAAGCAAUUUAGAAUUGAUCAAGUUUUUAGAUCAAUACGUAGCUGUAAUCGAAUCGGUUAACUUUUUAAGCAAGUAUGGCGAUAUGGGUGGUGGGCAGUACACAUUGAAUAUGAAAAAAAUUUUGGAGCAGCUCAAUUGGAGUUGUAUCGAAAACAUCAUAACGGAAAAGUACGGUUCCAAAGCAGUCCGUAUUUUCAGGGUGACAAGAUUGAAAAAAUUUAUUGAACAGGAAGAUAUACAGAAGGAGGCGAUGGUACCGGCGAAGGAAGCAAAACAGUUAACCUACAAGUUGCUGGAGGAAAACUUCCUUCAGAUUCAAACAUUUCGUAAACCGGGCGGAGGAAAUGCCGGUGCACCGAAAUCAUUUUUCUUAUUCUAUGUGAACCAACCGCAAAUUGUUUCCAUGUUGCUGGAAAUCUGCUACAAAUCGUUGUAUAACUCAAUAACCCGAUCAACUCACGACAAGACCGUCAACAAACGAUUGAUUGAGAAGAGUCAGCGACUCGAUAGUAUUGUGGAAGCGAUGAAAGAACGAGGUGAGUCGGAAGAAUACAUAGCAGAAAUACAAGAAACUCUGACACCGCCAGAAAAAGAAAUUUUACAAAAGGUUAAAAUUCGAGUGAAAAGUUUGUACAGUGCGGAAAUUGGAAUCGAUGAAACAAUCUUUUUACUCAAACUGUAUCAGCAAUAUCAGAAAAAGUAACAAACGAUUUCAACACAUUUUAGCACUAUCAAGGUAGAAUUCGACGUUGUCGAUUUUAUCUGUUAAAGGUGAUUUAUUUCGGAUAUCAAAUGCAGAGAAAAAUAUUGAAAUUCUUUAUUUGAUCUUUAA